AUGUAUCAGCUCACUCUCUCGGACGAGCUUUCGGAGACAAUCCAGCAUCCAGGAUCCCCAGAAGAGCUCUCUGUUCAUGCAGAGCACGGCCCCACCGUCUUUGUCGUUUGUGCUGGUCUGCAUUGGCGUAGCUGGAGGGAUCGCGCCAUGGGAAAGACGGGCAAGUUCCUCUGCUCCGACUGGAUUGGUCCCGAAAACAAACCCGUCAUGGUGAUCAUGGGCAAGUUAAUCACAGGCGGAGCCUAUCCAGCCCCAUACAUCUUGAGCCGAGACGAGAUCGUGGAUUUCAUCGGUGGUUACGAGUCUGUCGCGACAUUUGGCAUGGCGCUGGCGGCCAUCGCGGCCACCCGCGCAACGCUCAAGAUCAUGGAUGAGGAGAAUCUCGUGGAUAGGGCAACGUGGACUAGUGACAUCUGGACAAAAGAGGCUGCUGACUGGAAUUUUCCCUUGUUGGACUACGUCACCAACAGAGGUGCAGAUGUAUACUGA